CAUUACGCAUACAUAUCAGAGAAAAUAAAUUGCUUUUUUUCUUUUUCUUUUUCGAGCAUUGAAUUGGUCAGAAUAAUAGUUCUCUUUUGUUGGGAUAUCUUUGAGGUGCAGACAUUUCUGGGGGGCACUUUUGAACUGGAAUUAUUGUCUGAUUCCAGCUCUGUUUUUUUUUUUUUGUUUUUUUACUAUGCUUUGCUUGCUUGCCUGCACUAUCAAUCUGUUCUAUUCCUCAACUGGGGGUAAAGUUUUCUACUUUGUUGAAGAUCAAACAUGUGAUCUGAUUAUUUGAGCUCUUUUGGAGCAAAUUUGUGAUCUUUGGUUGGUUUUUCCUACUGGGCUUGAGCUGUUUCAACUGUUUUCGAAGGAUUGGCCUACAAGUUUGGGAUUUCUGGCGGCCCUUUCGGGUAUUUGGGUUGUAUUUUAGAGUCUUUGGCUGAUUUACUGAACCUGGUUUGAGCUAUUUUGGAUGAUUUUUGUCGGGUUUUGUUGGAAAUAGGAGUUCUGUAUAAGGGCUAGUUGGGGAAUUUGUUUGAGGGCUUUGGGAAAGGGGGAGGUGGGCCUUUGGUGAAAGGUGUGAUUUUGGGAGUUUUUUGAUGCCAUCUGAGUUCUAUUUUAGGGGUUGUGAAAGAUGGGAUUAGUUGGAGGAGGUGAUGGUGAAAAGGUGGAAUCUUGGGAUGUUGGAAAAUCAGAGGGGAAGAAGAAGAAGAAAGAGAGAGGUGGUUCCGUGGAGACUGGAUGUUGGAGGAAGUUAAGGUUUAUUGGCAGCUGUAUUUCUUCAAGAUCUAAAGUGGAUAGCUCUAUCAGUGGCAUCAGUACUCACUAUGAAACCAAGUCUGCAAAUGACACUAGUCGAGAUCAACCAGCUGCUGCAAUAAUUUCUUCGACAGCCACCAGUACUGCAGAAAGUAAUUCAUCCACAUCCAAACUUGAAGAGGAGCUAAAGGUUGCUUCUCGGCUUCGAAAGUUCACAUUUAAUGAUCUGAAACUGGCGACCAGAAAUUUUAGACCAGAGUCUCUUCUUGGUGAAGGAGGUUUUGGUUGUGUAUUUAAGGGAUGGAUUGAAGAGAAUGGAACAGCGCCAGUGAAACCUGGAACGGGGCUUACCGUUGCUGUGAAAACUCUCAAUCAUGAUGGGCUUCAGGGUCACAAAGAAUGGCUGGCCGAAGUAAGUUUUCUUGGCGAUCUUAUCCAUCCUAAUUUGGUUAAGCUUAUUGGUUACUGUAUUGAAGAUGAUCAAAGACUGCUAGUUUAUGAGUUCAUGCCUCGGGGAAGCUUGGAGAACCAUCUCUUUAGGAGGUCCCUUCCUCUUCCGUGGUCUAUCAGGAUGAAAAUUGCUCUAGGUGCUGCAAAAGGUCUUGCAUUUCUCCAUGAGGAAGCAGAGAGGCCAGUUAUAUACCGUGACUUCAAGACCUCAAACAUCCUGUUAGAUGCAGAUUACAAUGCCAAGCUUUCUGAUUUUGGACUUGCCAAGGAUGGUCCAGAGGGGGAUAAGACUCAUGUCUCUACUCGUGUGAUGGGAACAUAUGGUUAUGCGGCCCCAGAAUAUGUGAUGACAGGGCACCUUACGUCGAAGAGUGAUGUCUACAGCUUUGGCGUGGUUUUACUUGAGAUGCUAACAGGCAGGAGAUCGAUGGACAAGAACCGGCCUAACGGGGAGCAUAACCUGGUAGAGUGGGCCCGGCCUCAUCUUGGCGAGAGAAGAAGGUUUUAUCGAUUGAUAGACCCUAGGCUGGAAGGCCAUUUUUCGAUUAAAGGUGCACAGAAAGCUGCACAAUUGGCUGCUCGCUGCCUUGGCCGAGACCCAAAAGCCAGGCCGCUAAUGAGUGAAGUUGUGGAAGCCUUGAGACCUUUGCCUGCUCUCAAGGACAUGGCCAGCUCAUCCUACUAUUUUCAGACCAUGCAAACUGAUCGCGUAGGAUCCAGUCCAAACACCAGAAAUGGUAUAAGAUCACAAGUUGCAUCAUUCACGAGAAAUGGACAACAUCCUAGGAGUCUUUCCAUACCAAAUGGCUCUCAUGCUUCUCCGUAUCAUCAUCAGUUUCCUCAAAACUCACCAAAACCGAAUGGUAAACAAUAGGGGUGGACUGGAGUUCCCAGGACGCGUUUCUUUUCCAAUCCACAUUCUUUUUCUUUCCCCAAAUCACGAGCAUGAUUUGUUGGCCCCCUGGUGUUUUAGAUGAUGACUGGAAAAGGGAAUGGAAGAGCAUGGUUUAUGAUGUUGUGGUCUUGAGUGGUGUAACUUCCUUUUGGGAAAGAAUGUAAUGUAAGCACAGCUGAAUUUAGUGGAGAAAAUAUUUAUCUGUAUCCAAAUAAGAAACCCUCCUAUCUCUACUCCUCCCCCAUCCCUGAUUCCUGCGUUCUCAUGCAGAAAGGGGAAAGAAAAAGGUCCAAUCUGGUAAUCGUCUGACGGUCUGGGUACAAAUUUUUAGCAUGUAUAUUUCAACUUCUUAUUGGGCUCA